GGGCUUCCGGUUCCGGUGGGGCCGUCCCUGGAGACAGAGAUGGCGGCGACUGCGGCCGAGGCAGCGGCCUCGGACUCUAGAGAACCUCGGGGAGAAGCUGAAGCCCCCGGGCCCGCCUGGGAUGAGUCCCAGUUACGCAGUUAUAGCUUCCCGACCAGACCCAUCCCGCGUCUAAGCCAGAGCGACCCCCGGGCAGAGGAGCUCAUCGAGAAUGAGGAGCCUGUGGUGCUGACCGACACAAAUCUUGUGUAUCCCGCCCUGAAAUGGGACCUUGAUUACCUGCAAGAGAACAUUGGUAAUGGAGACUUCUCUGUGUACAGUGCUAGCACCCACAAGUUCUUGUACUAUGAUGAGAAGAAGAUGGCUAAUUUCCAAAACUUUAAGCCAAGGUCCAACAGGGAAGAAAUGAAAUUUCAUGAGUUUGUUGAGAAGCUACAGGAUAUUCAGCAGCGAGGAGGGGAGGAGAGGUUAUAUCUACAGCAAACACUCAAUGACACUGUGGGCAGGAAGAUUGUCAUGGACUUCUUGGGUUUUAACUGGAACUGGAUUAAUAAGCAACAGGGAAAACGUGGCUGGGGGCAGCUGACCUCCAACCUGCUGCUUAUCGGCAUGGAAGGAAAUGUGACACCUGCUCACUAUGAUGAGCAGCAGAACUUCUUUGCUCAGAUAAAAGGCUACAAGCGAUGUAUCUUAUUCCCUCCGGACCAGUUUGAGUGCCUCUAUCCAUAUCCUGUUCAUCAUCCAUGUGACAGACAAAGUCAGGUGGACUUUGACAAUCCUGACUACGAAAGAUUCCCCAAUUUCCAGAACGUCGUUGGUUAUGAAACAGUGGUUGGCCCUGGUGAUGUUCUUUAUAUCCCAAUGUACUGGUGGCAUCACAUAGAGUCAUUGCUAGAUGGGGGGAUUACCAUCACUGUGAACUUCUGGUAUAAGGGAGCCCCCACCCCUAAGAGAAUUGAAUAUCCCCUCAAAGCCCAUCAGAAAGUGGCCAUAAUGAGAAACAUUGAGAAGAUGCUUGGAGAGGCCUUGGGGAACCCACAAGAGGUGGGGCCCUUGUUGAACACAAUGAUCAAGGGCCGAUACAACUAGCCUGCCAGGAGUUGAGGCCUCCUGCCAGGUGACUGCUAGCCCGUCCACCGCUUCAUUGAUGAGGACAGGAGACUCCAAGCGCUAGUAUUGCACGCUGCACUUAAUGGACUGGACUCUUGCCAUGGCCCUGGAGGCAGGUGUUUGGGGCAAGGCAGGGUGGUUGCUACUCCAGUCCUAUUUGGAGGCGCUUCUUACCUUGGCUCUGUGCCCAGCACCUUCCCUCUGUGCCCCCCCUAAAGUCCUGCAUUCAGUGUGUGGA